GUGAAUGGCAGCAUAACAAAAAAUCUAUACGUCGUAAUAUUAAUUUGUUUAAACGAAAAAUAUCAAAAAGUUUAAUAAUAAAAAACAAAAAUUAAACAAUUUAAACAUUUAAUCUUAUAACUAACCUAUCUGAACAAAUACCAAUAAUUUAUGUAAAGCAAACAGAUAAACUAAUUGAAUCUAAAGCCAUCGGUGUGAUUAGUCAUAAUAAAAAUUGUAAAAACGUCAACAACGGGAGGGUGGAUGUAUUCUGGACAACCUUGCACUAAAUACCAAAAAAAUAUAGCGCUUAAAAAUGCCAACCACAGAACAGGAAGAAGAACCUUCACUAAGCACAGAACAAACUGGAGCACAUAAGAAACAAACAACGGUGGAAUGUGUUGCCUCUGAGGAAUAUUCAGCUUUGCCCGAAACAUUUUACUCAUUGCCGAUUGAAAGUGUUGUUUCGGAAGUCGGUUCGAUUUUCCAUCAAAGAAAAUAUGACAUUUUUGAGCGCUUAAAAAAGUCUAUAGAUCAGUGUGCUAAACGUUUUAAUGGACGCAAGGAACUGGCCAGUGAAACGGAUGAAACUGUAGCCGAAUUAUGUGAGGCACUCGAAGAAGCUUUCCAAUAUGGGCUAAAGCCGCAACAACCAACUCAGUUAAAUUUUGUAGUUUCGGCGGCAAAUCUUUUUCAAAAUAUGCAAGAAAUUGUUACCAGAUCUUCCUCUAAUCGCCCUUCGAAUACUUUAACAGCCACUACAGAAUCAAAUUUUUGGGAUUUUUGUCAGAAUUUUCUUACGGCCCAUGAAAAAGAGCGUUUUGAAAAUUUAAAACAAGUAUGGACUAAAGCGGGUAAAGGCCGGGCCUUUAUACGGGCUGCUCUAAAUGAACAUUCUCUACAGAGGUAUUUACUCACCUGGUUAUCGGAGUAUCAAAUACUUAUGUCUUACUAUACACAUUGGUCAGUUUUGUUGGAUGAUAAAAUGACCAAAUUAUUGCCGGAACUGAUUAAAACUUUAGAUCCGGUUUUAUUUGCUUUAUCGGUGGAUAAGACUGAGCUAAAUGUAGCUGUUAAGACCAACAGUGUUCAACAGAGCGUAGCCAAAGAAGAACCACUUAUAUAUGCUCCUACACCGGUUAAAGUUGAAAAUAAAAUCAAACGUAAGUCCAACGCAGUGGAGCGUCCCAUAGCUUGCACCAGUUCUACGGAUGACUUGUUAAUGCAAUUUCAAGCUAAUAACCAUAAUACUGAAACAUCUUCCACUACGAUAACUUCUCAACAGUUGUGUGAUGCCCUUGAAGAGUUACCCUCUACCUUUGAUGAUACUCCUUCCGAUCCUAUAGAACCAGAGUUAGAAUUUCUUAAAGAACCUUUAAACUUUGCACCGGUUCCACCACAAAACGAUUUUGGUACCGGUAAUGGUUCCAUAUCAUCGGCAAAUUCCUAUCAUGAUCUAGACGGUGACACCUCCUCCCAGUCGAGCAAAUAUUCAUCGAACAAUGCCUGCAACAAUCCGCAACAUGUUCAAUUAGAGGAACAAUUGAAAGAUAUUAAUGAACGUUGUUCUCUGCUGGAAACUAGAGUGGCCCAAUUGAGCUUAGAAAAUCGUCAACUAAUACGAAGACUUAAGAAGCAUUUUGAGGAUUCUGGCAUCGAUCCUUCCUCUUCAUUUGCCACUAAUUUUCUCAUUACCAUUCCACACACUAAACUCCACAAGUCUAAACCGGCUACAGGUUCUUUCCAUCUCUAUGAAAUCCACAUAACCAUGAGACAAAAUCUAGAACAUUGGUCUAUAUGGCGGCGUUAUAGUGAUUUUAAUAAACUCCACAAAUCAUUAUUGAAAACACAUCCCAGUGUGUCUUCGGUGGAAUUUCCACCCAAAAAACGUUUUGGCAAUAUGAACAUAAAAUUUGUCGAAGAAAGACGACAACAAUUACAAAUUUAUUUACUGAACCUGGUAGAGACAUUGCCACAGGUGGAGGCUUGUAAAACUAAAGCUGAACUACAGAAAGUAUUUCCAUUUUUAAGAGAACGGUAACAUUUGUUUACGGUUUUUGAUGGACGCUAGAUGUAAAAUGAAAACUUAAAGAAUGGAUUAGUUUGAAUGUUUGUUUUUUAUUAGUUAAAUUGUAUUAUUAUUAUUAUUUUCUUUAAAUAAUUAUAUUGAAUUUUAAUUGUGUUU